ACCCUCUUUUCAACCGGCACUUCUCUGGAGGAGGAUUCAGCCACACAUAAAACACACACACACUCUCGGAGGCACGCGCAGUCCCACUUAUAAACAUCCCCUUCCAGCACCUCCAGGACCUUGAGAAGAAAUAAUCUUCAUCCUUUCAGACAGCCCAGAGAGCCGUGGUACCCAGACAUCAAGAUGGCACAACAGAACACAGGCAUGGCCAACAAGGGUCCAUCCUACGGCAUGAGCCGUGAGGUCCAGGGGAAGAUCGACAAGAAGUACGACCCCGAGCUGGAGGAGCGCCUGGUGCAGUGGAUCGUGAACCAGUGUGGCUCUGGAGUGGGCAAGCCCGAGGCUGGCAAGCUGGGUUUCCAGGCUUGGCUCAAGGACGGAUGUGUUCUGGGUGAGCUCAUUAACAGCCUGCAUGGCUCCGACAAACCCGUUAAGAAGAUCCAGAAAUCAGAUAUGGCCUUCAAACAGAUGGAACAGAUCUCCCAGUUCCUCAACGCUGCCGAACGCUACGGCGUCAACAAAACCGACAUGUUCCAGACGGUGGAUCUUUGGGAAGGAAAGGAUCUCGCUUCUGUGCAAAGAACACUGAUGGCUGUUGGCAGCAUCGCAGUCACCAAGGAGGAUGGAAUGUUCCAGGGUAAUCCUGACUGGUUCUUCAAGAAAGCUCAGGAGAACCGCAGAGACUUUUCUGACUCCCAGAUUAAGGACGGAAAGAACGUCAUCGGCCUGCAGAUGGGCUCCAACAAGGGAGCUUCCCAGUCUGGCAUGUCAUACGGACGACCCCGGCAAAUCAUGAGCUAAACCGGCCAUCCAUGACCAGCCUGAAAAGCCCAUUCUGUCCUUUCCUGCCCCCCCUCCCCUCCCUGUAACCGGGACAAGCACUGCAUCCCAUUAACCUUUCCAGUGUCUAUGCAGAUAUGCAGAUAGGACCAGUGCAAAGUUCCCUCAGAUACAUUUUUAAGAAUUACAGUACAGUCCUUGAGCACAGCCAUGUGUCCAUAAUACCAAGUCCUAUACAAACACACAGACACUGUAAUAGCUUACCAAAUUGGGAAUGACAGAUACAUCUAAUCAAGUCAUACAUUUGGCUGUUUCUCUCUUAUUUACGUUCACUGCAAGCUCAGGCAAUGGAUUAUCAAGUUCUUCACAGUUGCUUGCUCUAUGUUGUAAUAUUUAAAUUACAUAUAUGUGAUGUAAUUUAACAAAGUUAAAUAGGUUCCUAAAUUUCGGCCAGAGGACGAAAGGUUAUCAAAAGAUUUAAGAUGAUUGUGCAUGCUUUACAAAAGCUUAGAUUUAAGUAUGCUGAAUGCAUUUGUUCACGAGGUUUUCAUCAUAAUGAUACAAUGCCAGAAUUUGGACUAAUAGAUUUCAAUGCUUUAAUGUGGUUGCCUUAUUUGGCUACCUUGUCAUCAACCCUGAAACAGCCUUGUGUUUUUCUACUUUGUCUAAUUAAAUGGUGAACUUUAACAAAAAAGAA